GUGGCGGCUCGGUACAUGGAUGUCAAGGGGAAAAAAGGGCCGGUGGGAAUGCCCAAAGAGGCAACCUGCGACCGUUUCAUGUGUAUCCAGCAAGGCUCAGAGUGCGACAUCUGGGACGGGCAACCCGUCUGCAAGUGCAAGGACAGGUGUGAGAAGGAGCCGAGCUUCACCUGUGCCUCCGACGGGCUCACCUACUACAACAAGUGCUACAUGGAUGCAGAAGCUUGCAUCAAAGGCAUUACACUGAAUGUAGUCACCUGUAGGUACCAUCUUACCUGGCCAAACACCAGCCCUAUCCCACCAGAAACAACAGCUCGCCCUACUACUGCCUAUUCCGAGACAACGGUCAUUGAUAUCUUGCCGCCGGCUCUAGUGAACAACCCCGUCCAUCAGUCAGUCUACGUGGGAGAGACCGUCAGCUUCCUCUGUGAUGUUACAGGGAGACCCAAGCCAGAAAUCACAUGGGAGAAGCAGGUCGAUGGGAAAGACAAGGUCAUUAUGAAGCCAAAUCACGUCAGAGGGAACGUCGUGGUCACCAACAUCGCCCAACUGGUCAUCUACAACACCCAGCUCCAAGACGCAGGCAUCUACACCUGCACCGCCAAAAACAGCGGUGGCCUUCUCAGGGCUGAUUUCCCUUUGUCAGUCAUCAAAGGAGAACCCACAUCCAAAGAAGCUUCCCAAAACAAAACACAUUUUCCAACCGAUGAGUGCCUGAAGCAACCAGACAGCGAAGACUGUGGGGAAGAGCAGACCAGGUGGUACUAUGAUGCAAAGAAAAACAACUGCUUUACUUUCAUCUAUGGGAACUGUAACAGCAACCUCAACCACUUUGAGACCUACGAGAACUGUAUGUUAACAUGCAUGAACGGCCCAAUCAACAUUUGCAAUCUGCCAGCCCUCCAAGGUCACUGCAAGGCCUACGAGCCCAGAUGGGCCUAUAACAGCUUGACAAAGCAGUGCCAGUCCUUCAUUUAUGGCGGGUGUGGAGGCAACGAGAACAACUUUGAGAGCCGGGAGGCCUGCGAAGAAAUGUGCCCUUUCCCAAAGAACACACACUGCAAAGCUUGCAAACCACGCCAGAAGCUGGUGACAAGCUUCUGCAAAAGCGACUUUGUUAUCCUGGGCCGUAUAACAGAGCUGACUGAAGACCAAGACUCGGGACAUGCCCUGGUGACAGUGGAGGAGAUUCUCAAAGAUGAAAAAAUGGGAUUAAAAUUCCUGGGGAAGGAACCACUAGAAAUCACGCUUUUGAACAUGGACUGGAGCUGCCCAUGUCCCAACAUGACCACAGUGGAUGGCCAGCUCAUCAUCAUGGGAGAUGUCCACAACGGCAUGGCUGUCCUACAGCCAGACAGCUUUGUGGGGACCUCCAGCAUCCGGCGUGUGCGGAAACUCCGCGAAGUCAUCCACAAGAAAACCUGUGAGCUUUUGAAAGAGUUCCUAGGAUUGCAUUAA